AAAAUAAACAAAGGUGCCAAUGGCAAAUAUUGAUCAUACGCCACGUUGCGCAGAUGCGCUGCACGCAAACGAAUCCAGUGCAAAAAUGCGACAUAAAAAGGGGUGGCAACGGCGCGAGGCGAACACAGUUGAAAAAUGUGCUUCCAAUUGCAUUUGAUGAUGAUGCUGCUGCUGCUGCUGCUGGGACUGCUCACGGGCAGCGCCUGGUCACGUGCCAGUCCGCAAAAUCCACUCGACAAAUUGGCAGCGGGCGCGCUCAGCGUGGGCACUGGCAUUAUGGGCAGCCUGCAGGAGGGCGCGAUGGCAACGCAUCAGAUGAACUUUGACGGCGGGCUGGUCGCCGUGCGCUCCAAGACGGCGAUGGGCUAUGGCGAUGCGAUGCGACCGGACAGCGGCGAAGAUUCCGACUCAUCCGAAUCGGAUGAAAGGCGCCGUCGGCGGCGGCGGCGGCGCAACACCAACAGCACAAGCAGCGACGGCGGCAGCUACCGCAACAGCAGCCGCAGCUUCAGCUUGCAUCAGGCGCUGCACCGCCUCAAGCGCUCGCCUUGCGGCAUGAAUAUGGGCGCCACCACGGAGUCGGCCGACGAUGUCGAGGCGCGCAAGAGUCGCGCACGCAAGCGCGCCGCCAACAACAAUGCAUCCAGGACGCGCAUCAGGAAGACGAGCACCAAAAAGAAGCUGCUCGAAAGCCGCCGGCGACGACGUCGCCAGGCCGCGCAGCAGCAGCAGCAGCAGCUGGGCGCCGGCCUGGGCGAACAGGUCAAGGGCCUGUUUCUCUCAUUUAUGGACAACAUGGCCGACAUGGUGCAGCAGGUGCGCCAGCAAGUAAAAGGUGCAGCUGCUCAAGCCACUGGCGGCAUGCAAACAAUUUAAAUAUCAAUUAAUUAGCUUCCUUUUUUUUUUCUCGAAUUCUAAAAAUAUACCAAAAAUAAACUGAAUUGGCCAAAAUGUCACCAAAAAGUUUCUUAUAAAUUACUAAUUAAGACAAGGAAAUACUAACAGAAAAAUACUGUGUGAAUCAAUGGGCUAUGAAAUUUUGAAAAAUGUUAGUAAAUAACUUUUUGUAGGCUCUUAUAAAAUACUAAAGAAAAAUACAAAAAA